AUGGGGGAGUUGAGCUGGGCAUCCACUUGCCUAGCUAAUAUCUACCACCAUUUGUGCAACGCAUCUCUCAAAGCUGUGAGGGAGGUCGGCGGGUUCAUCAUCCAGUUUUGGGCUUGGGAGCAUCUGCCAUGGAUUGCACCGCUCCAAUGCCCCGACAGGAAUUGGGGUCCUGAUCAUCCUCUAAGACUCGAAGCUUAUGGUUGUAGGUGGGAUGGAGCCUCAACAUGCGACAACCUUGCCCAACACAAGUUGGUAGAGUAUCGGAGGAGGCUAGAGCGACUUUGGGAAGGAGAGAUCAAAUUCGAUCCAUACCCGGCGAACAUCGAUCAUUGGCAUUUACAGCAAUUCCCCGAGAAUAUCGGGCAAUGGUGCAUGAGGGUCCCUCUCAUUUGUUUAGGGACCGUGGAGUGGCACCUGCCGGAUCGAUGCCUUCGUCAGUUUGGUCGGGAGCAGUGCAUUCCGUUGGAAGUCCCCGAGAGUCAAAGGGUGUUUCACCACUGA